AUGGAAUUUUCACAGUUUGGAGAGGUGGAGCGGGCUGUUGUGUUUGUGGAUGAUCGCGGGAAGUCACUGUGCGAAGGUCUGGUGGAGUUUGCACGUAAACCAGGCGCCCAGGCAGCAUUCAAAAGAAUCAGUGAAGGCAUUUUUCUUUUGUCAGCCUACCCUCGCCCAGUGAGAGUGGAAAUGCUUGAGCAGCGCGAUGAGGAGGAUGGUCUUACAGAGAAGUUUGUACAGAGGAACGACGGCUUUCGGCAGGACAGGGAGAAAGAGCCGAGAUUUGCUCCACCUGGGAGCUUUGAGUUUGAGUUCGGGAACAAGUACCGAGAUAUCGACAAGCUGGAGAAGGACAGGAUUGAGCGUGUGAAACAAGAGAUGGAGUUAGACAGGCAGCGGCUUGUUGAAGAAAUGGAGACAGCUAUGUUUGACUUCCAGGCUGAACAAAUAAGACAAGAUCUGAUGCGACAACAGGAAGAGCUGAAACGUUUGGAUGAGAUGAAAAAUGAACACAUGCGAAGAAGACAGGAGAGUGAUAUGAGACGUCGCCAGCAGAUGGGAGCCCCGCCCCCUGAAAGCCUGAUGAGACAGGAGGAGGAGCGCAGGCGAGAGAUGAUGAUGAGGGCGUCCAAUGAGAUGAACCGUGGGAGGGAUGGCAACCGCAGCGGCCGCCCUGAUGACAUGAUGAGAGAUGGGCCUGGAGGCAUGCUUGACAGCACUGGUCGUAUGGGAGACCGGGGCAGACCAAACACGCCACCCAUGCCCAUGGCCCCUCCCCCCGUGCCACCUGGCAUGAGUAUGGACCGUCCCGGUAUGGACCGCCCUGGUAUGGACCGCCCAGUAGGACCACCGGGCCCUAUGGAUAGCAGCAGAUUUGAUAGACGUCCUGGAAGUCCUGGAGGAGAUAGACCUGGCAACAUGGAACUUGAUCGACCAUCUAACAUGGACAGACCCCCACAUGGUGAUCACAUGCAACGUGCAGGACCAGUUGGGCCGCCAGGACGAUUUUCCGGCCCCCAGAAGCCCCCCGGACAAGGGAAUUUCCCACCACCUGGUUCUGGUGGCAGGUUCCCUGGUCCUGGGGGUCACAUGGGGCCAAAUAACCCCAACAUGCGUGGAGGCGACAGAAGAGAACCACCUCGUAGGGAUGACUUUGAUGCUAAACGAAUGAGAAGGUUCUAACGCUAUGAGUAGAAAGCAGGUGUUGUGGAUCUCACAAGAUUGCAACUUGAAGUUUUGAUUGACGAUCUGAGUUUAAUUGACUGUGUAUGGCAUUCUCCUCAAUUGAGAACAUAUGUGAAGUUUUAUGUUUUAAUAUUAUGAAUGUAAUUUUACACGUAUAUCCUUUAUUGGAUAUUUCAGUAAGAUUUGAGGAAGUGAUUUAAAUUGUUUCUAUUAGUCAAUAUAUUUAUCGGACAUCUGGUGAUUGUAUUACUACCGUGAAAGAUUUUUCCAUACUGAAUUU